AUGCCCCUGGCCGACCGGAUCCGGGACCUCGAGGUCGGCGUCGCAUUCUCGAAGCCGACACUACUCCCCAGCCCCUCCGGGAGGUGUGACUCCACCUCCUGCCCGGCUUCUCAACGACGGCUUCUCGACGAACAUCACUAUGAUGCUUCGCCGCAGCCCGAGUGCCAGGUGGCAGAGCCUGCACUUAAUCAGAAGGAGGAAGUUAUGAAAGAAUGUCGACCACCAGCACCUGCAGUUCAUUCUAGGCCUGCACCCUACUGGAUAUGCCCAGUGUCUUUUAUAGAGUUCAGUAAAACUACCUUCCCUUCCCCUCUCAUAGUCUCAUCUAUGGAUGUCUUCAAAACCUUUCUUCUCUUCGGUGAAGUGGAGGUGACAUUUUUCCAACAGGGUACUAUUCCAUGUGUAUGUCAUGAUGGAAGAUUUAUUAUGGAGACACCAUAUAAGGUAGCAAAGGCUCCCGAUGGCAAUGGCGGAGUAUAUGCUGCUCUAAAAUCUAAAAGGUUGCUCGAUGAUAUGGCUGCAAAAGGUGUUAACUAUGUAGAUUGCUAUGGAGUUGAUAAUGUAUUGGUCCGUGUUGCAGAUCCAACAUUCCUAGGAUACUUCAUUGACAGAGGUGUAUCUGCUGUUGCUAAGGUUGUCAGGAAGGCAUAUCCACAAGAGAAAGUUGGAGUAUUUGUUCAGCGUGGAAAGGGUGGACCCCUCUCUGUAGUUGAAUACAGUGAAAUGGAUGCAGCUAUGACAACUGAAAUCAAUCAAACUACUGGCCGCCUUCGUUAUUGCUGGAGCAAUGUAUAAUUCCUACACCUGC